GUUAGAGGGACGUACCGUGCAUACUGCGUACCUUAGCAGACUGAAUUAUCCAGGUUGUGCAAGUCGGUCAGUAUGGACUGCACCGUAGCUUCACACCUUCACCCCACCUUCGCAUCCCACUAGGCAAAAAUCUGUUCUACACUGCUCAGCUCUUAACGUCUUUUUGGCGUGAAACUGGACUUCUCUCAGCAGAAAGAUAGAUAAGAUAGGACACACUAAGGGCGGGGGAGUUGUUAUCCAGGAAAGGAAGCUCGGUAUCGCAGGGGAAGACCUCCCGCUUCCACUUGGGGAACACCUCAACUUUAUUGAGCACAUUGCCAGUUCUCAAUGCUAGCCGCCACUCUGGCUAGCAGCACUGUUAUUAGCGACCCCAACUCCGCCACGUCCUCCAGCGAUGCCUCGGGACGACAGCCCUCCGCCGCCGCCGCCGGUGCCGCCGAACUCGCCCGUACAAAGAUAACUCUGCUCGGUGCGCUAAAGCACUUCCCCGACUUCCCGAUUCCCGGCAUCAAGUUCAUCGACAUUCUGCCUCUAUUCCAAGACGUGACCACCCAUGCGGCCCUGCUGCGUGCCCUCGAGCUUCAAGUGCUCGAGUUUGGCAGCGACGCAAAGCCAGACGUGAUAGUGGGGCUGGACGCCCGAGGUUUUCUCUUUGGGCCCUCGCUCGCACUGCGACUCAAUGCGAGCUUCGUGCCCGUCCGCAAGAAGGGCAAGAUGCCGGGCCCCUGCGUGACGGCUGCCUACGAGAAGGAAUACGGAACCGACUACUUUCAAAUGCAAGAGGGCGCUGUGAAGCCUGGCCAGAAGGUGCUUGUGGUGGAUGACAUUAUCGCUACUGGUGGCUCCGCGGCUGCUGCCGGAUCGCUCGUCAAGCAGCUCGGAGGUGAACUGAUUGGAUAUCUCUUCAUCCUGGAGAUUCCUGUCCUCAAUGGGCGCUCCAAGCUCGAGGGCGUUCCAACGGUCACACUCCUUGAGACGAACGAGUGAAAUGAAGGCCGACAUCGGCCGACUCACCUUCCAAAUCCGCUUUUCUACUACAUGCUUACGCACCCACACAAGAGCCUGGAUUAAUGUCGGCGGAUGAGAAA